AUGACAUCCUCUGUUGUCCUUCAACGUUCCCUCAACACUCUCACUUCCAAACAAAUCCAUGAAAUUCCUCUAAUCAUCUCCCUCGAGGGCAAGUUACCACCCCAUCUGAUUGACACGACAGUGCCUCUCCAGUUUUGUUUGUCACUUCCUGAACCCUACAACAUGUUUCUACAACCCAUAAUCAGCGAUAAAUCACCCCAUCUGGUAUGGGUAGAAAAGGACCUUCCUACCUUCCAUUCCACUUCAUCCAAAUCUGCCAUCUCCACUAGUCUUGCCUAG